AUGUCGAUUGAGAUGGAACUGGACGCGCCCCCUCGCGCGUCCAUGACAGAAGACGAUCUGCAUCGCAUGAUGGAGUUGAACAGAAUCAUAAAGCUGAGCGAGAGCAUCACGUCUGGAAAGCACCCAAGAAUCAAGAUCCCACCACACCUUGCACCCUCGACCACGAGCACUGCGAGUCCGAAGCUCUCUCCCGGUGCAGAGCGGCGACCUGGCAACAGCAAACAUGCACACGAUACACUUACAACACCGACGGCUGAGACAGGCGCCGGGCGGGUGAAUGGUGCUGGUCAUGAAGCGCACAGUAUAAUUGCCGGGAACAAUCUCGCUGCGUUUGUGCAGAACAGCCGGUCGUUGGACGGGACAGACACAACUGCACCUCUUUCUGGCCUGGACUUUGCUUCUGGAGUGCGUGCUGUGUCGCCGAGUAAUAUCUCGCUAUCGGAGAUCCCACUGCAACGUGCCAGACUUGAGGCUUUGCUUCGGGAGCCACCAAACCUGCGAGGCAAGGCAAAGGUGGAAGAGGUGCAGGCUGAUUUCUUGGUGGACGACGUCCUGCGGAGGGGGCGGGAGCUCGAAAAGACGUUCACACCUCCCCCAGUGGCAAUUCUAUCCCAAGGUCUCAUCACUAACCUGGGUGGUGCUUCGGCAAUACCAAAGGCAAAUGCUUCGUCCAGUGCAGCUGCGGAGUCUGCGGAUGACCAGACGUUUUACUCGUCCAACUUCAGCACACCCGAAUUCGCCCUCACUUCCCGGGUCCCAGCCGAGUCCGACCGCGACGAUAUGCCCAUGGAGGAGGGCUCUGAUUACGAGCCUGAACUCGACUAUGUCCCAUCUUCUCCACAACCGGCACAACAGUCAGACCUGGCUGCGCUUCAACAGGUCCCACCUGAGCAACUUGCUACCACUUUUUCUGAAUUGUCUGGGCAGCUGCCUGCUGAACUACUGUCGACUCUGCUGGGAGCAAACUUUGACUCGCCAUGA